GCGCUCGUGAGAGUUGGGAGUUUGACUCUGGGGUCCGAGAUUUACAGAGUUCAGAUCAAGCCAAUCCGAGCUCGCCGUUCCUCCAGAAGCUUCUCGAACCUUCAUCCGGGCUUCACAAGCUCCUGUCGAAGCCGUCGGUGGCUCUGAGCGGAAACUACCUGGACCUGGCCAACACUCUUCAUCUGGCCGCGCUGGCGUCUCUGAAGGGUGAUGUGGUGGAGCUGAACCAGCGACUGCUGCAAACCGAGAGAGAGAGAGAAGCGCUGGAGAACAGACUGGCCAAAGCACAGUGUGAGCAGUCUCAUCUGCUGCGGGAGCAUGAGGAGGUUCAGGAGAGAACGACGCUGCGCUACGAAGAGCGAAUCACAGAACUACACAGCAUCAUUGCAGAACUCAACAAGAAGAUCGACUUACUGCAGGCCUCCACCAUCAGGGAGGAGGAUGAGUUUUCCGAGCUUCGCUCCGAUCUCAGUCACAGCCAGCAAGAGGUUAACGAGGACGAUCAGGACCCCGACCAGGCGUCCGUCUCACUGCCUGAAAACCAGUCCACACUGGUCACUGCGGACAUGGAUAACUGCAGUGACCUGAACUCGGAGCUCCAGCGGGUUCUGACGGGUUUAGAGAGUGUGUUGUGUGGCCGUAAGAAGAGCACGUGUAGCCUGUCUGUGGCCGAGGUGGACCGACACAUCGAACAGCUGACCACCGCCAGCGAACACUGUGAUCUCGCCAUCAAGACGGUGGAGGAGAUCGAGGGCGCUCUGGGCCGGGACUUCUACCCCAGUGUGUGUGAGGAGCGCGUGCGCUGGGAGAAGGAGCUGGCCGGCCUGCGGGAGGAGAACGAGAGUCUGACGGCGAUGCUGUGCCGCAAAGAAGAAGAUCUCAACCGGACCAAAGCCACCAUGAGCUCCAUCCGAGAGGAGCGGGACCGUCUGCGCAGACGCGUGCGCGAGCUGCAGACGCGUGUGACGAGCGCUCAGCCUAGCGGCCUGUGCAGUCCCGGACGCCUCACCCCGGCGGGACGUCCCAUCAACCCCAGCACAGGAGAGCUGAGCACCAGCAGCAGCAGCAACGACAUCCCCGUCGCCCGGGUGGCGGAGCGAGUGAAGCUGUCUAAGACUCGAUCAGAAUCACUACCAGCGGAGAGAUCCAUCCUGGGCUCUGAGAUCAGCAGCAUCGGGGUCUCCAGUAAUGUGGCAGAACAUUUGGCUCAUUCCCUUCAGGAUUGCUCCAACAUCCAGGAGAUCUUCCAGACGCUGUACUCGCACGGAUCCGCCAUCUCCGAGAGUAAGAUCCGGGAGUUUGAAGUGGAGACGGAGAGACUCAACAGUCGCAUCGAGCACCUGAAGUCUCAGAAUGACCUGUUGACCAUCACACUCGAGGAGUGUAAGAGUAACGCGGAGCGCAUGAGUAUGCUGGUGGGCAAAUAUGAGUCCAACGCCACCGCACUCAGACUGGCCCUGCAGUACAGCGAGCAGUGUAUCGAGGCGUAUGAGCUGCUGCUGGCGCUGGCUGAGAGUGAACAGGGUCUGGUUUUGGGUCAGUUCAGAGCCGCCGGAGUCAGUGCUGGGGGAGAGCUGGCGGGUGAAGAGAGCAUCACUCAGAUCCUGAAGAAAACCCACGACUGCAGAAAGACUGCGGAGAACGCGGCGAAAGACCUGCUGACACGCCUGGACGGGUGUGUGUUCGCCGUCAGCGGAUCAUGUGUGCAACCCUGGGAGAGUCUCUCGUCCAACAGCCACACCAGCACCACCAGCUCGACGGCCAGCAGCUGUGACACUGAUUUCUCUAAGGAAGACGAGCAGCGUCUAAAGGAUUACGUGCAGCAUCUGAAGAACGAUCGCGCCGCUGUCAAACUCACCAUGCUGGAUCUGGAGAGUGUGUACAUCGACCCGCUCGUCGAGCUCAAGCCCCGCGGAGACACACACAGACUGGACCUGGAGAACGCCGUGCUCAUGCAGGAGCUCAUGGCCAUGAAGGAGGAGAUGGCGGAGCUGAAGGCUCAUUUGUAUCUGCUGGAGAAGGAGAAGAAGGCUCUGGAGCUGAAGUUGAGCACGCGUGAGGCUCAGGAACAGGCGUAUCUGGUGCACAUCGAGCUCCUCAAGGCGGAGGUGGAGGAGCAUCAGGAACAGAGACGCCGAUCACUCAACUCCAGCACUGGAGGAGGAGAACACACCAGCGCCAAGGACUCAGGAGAUUCUCCAGCGAUCAGUCUGUGUGAUCUGAGGAGUUUGAGUGACAGUGAUCUUGCGGCGGAGCUCACCGGUGCCCUCAGGAGAGAGAAGAAACUGAAGGCUCGUGUUCAGGAGUUGGUCUCUGCGUUAGAAAGACUCACGAAGAGCAGCGAAGUCCGUCAUCAGCAGUCGGCAGAGUUCGUCAACGACCUGAAACGAGCAAACAG